UCAACGGCAGACGACGAAUUCCGAUCGAUCUCCGUUGCCGUAUCGUUCAACGAGAUGAAAACUUGUAAUUUCGUAGUCAUUAUGAAAUUAGCCAUUAUUGGUUUCUUCGAUAUAAGGAAACAACGAAUCGCCCCUGUCGGUCGACGCCCUUGACUCGACGAACUGAGAACCGAGUCGAAGAAGGACGGACUGUGAAAAGAAAAGAGACGCGCGUUUCGCUCCUUUGUGUAUAUUCGUGUCCCCUUAUCCGUGUGUCAGUGGCGUUGCCGCGGCGGAUAGUGUUAGUAGCCGCUCAUUGGUGUUCGCCGCGGCGGCAAGCGGCGUUCACACGUUUCCCGUCAUCCACUUCGGUACCCGGCUCGCAGUCGAGCGUCGUUCGUUGUACGGUGCGGUUGUUGCGUUCGCGUUUCGUCCCGACGCUUUGUACGUUCGAUGUACGUACGUAUAUAUGUGUGACACUGUGCACGCGUUUUCUUUUUUUCUUUAGACUACACACAUAUACAUGAAGUGUUUGUGAUAGUGCGAAUAGAGAGAGGAUCAUCGGUGUGUGUAUAGGUUAUAUUUUUUUCGCAUAGUGCCAAGGUGGAUUAAAGACGUAUCUCCUGAGAAAACGAAACGCAAGAGACAACGAACGAGCUACGACCAAAGUCGGCGAAGAUCUAGAUACUGAACACUGAAGGAAGACCGUUGGCGUACCUCCAAGAUCCUGAGAAUGUCGCUGCAAAGAUCGAGCCGGGGAAUGGACCAUGAAGUGACCGUGUACAAAGGACAUUGCGGACGCGUGUGAUUCUUACGGAGUAUUUAGCCACAAUUAAGAUGUACCCCGCGCCGGCGAGACACCCAGCCGCUCCCGGUGGCGGAGGAAGCGGCGGGGCUGCGGGAGGGCUGAAAUUCACGGUGGCUGACACUUGCGAGAGGAUCAAAGAGGAAUUCAAUUUCAUCCAGCAACAGAACCACUCACUGAAGAUCGAAUGCGAGAAACUGGCCAGCGAGAAGACCGAAAUGCAGAGGCAUUACGUUAUGGUAAGGCACUUUUACUACGAAAUGUCUUACGGCCUAAACGUGGAGAUGCACAAGCAGACCGAGAUCGCCAAGAGGUUGAACGCGAUAAUCGUCCAGCUACUGCCGUUCCUGGCACAAGAGCAUGGCUUGCAGCAUCAGCAGCAGGUGGCCAAUGCCGUAGAGAGAGCGAAGCAAGUCACGAUGUCCGAGCUGAACGCUAUUAUUGGGCAACAGCAACAACAGGGCUUGCAGCAACUAUUGCAACAGAUUCACGCGCAACAACUGCCGCACGGCGCGGUGGUCGGCGGUCUUCCGCCAGCAGGUCUAUUGGGCUUCGCAGGAGCGGCGGCGGCGGCCGCAGCCGCGGGUGUGCCGCCUCAUCUAGCUCCGCCGCCGCAUCCGGCGGCCGCGGCUGCGGUCCAAGCACAGGCGCAAGCGCUGCUGAAACCGUCGGACCUGCAGCAACACCGGUCCGCCGCGGAGACGCCCGAGGACCGUAAACCGAUCGCCCUCACCGACGAGAGACUCCGACGAUCCGUGUCGCCGCCGGAGAAAUUCCGUAGCCGCACCCCCGACCUCGAGAGCGAUCCCAAGAGGCGGAAGGAGGAGAAGCUCGGACACGACAGCGACGGGGAGAAGAGCGAUCAGGACUUGGUGGUGGAUGUCGCGAAUGAGGAGGCGUCAUCGCCACACGCGAACGGCGAGCACUCAGAUCCACGUGAGAACGGUACUCUGGAGAAGCUGGGCGCACCGGGACACGUGGGGCCUAUUUCCGGUGCUGGCUCGACAUCCGUAAAAGACAGGCCACCGUCGCGGAGCGGAAGUUCCUCCGCUCGUAGCACACCAUCUCUGAAAAGUAAAGAUAUCGACAAGCCGGGUACACCUGUGGCGGCGGCGAGGGGAUCGCGCAGUUGUACGCCAACUAUGGGAGGAAUCCCUGGUCCCUUGGCAUCGCGGGUCUAUCAUCCGCCAUCGUCGCAGCAAACGCCACCGCAGGGCUAUCAGGGUUUGCCGUCCCGCGGCAAUGAGCCGCCGCAAUCGCCUUCGCCGUACAGCAACUUACCAUACGCCAGGACUUCAAUGCUCGGUUUCGACAGCCACGUGAGGAUACCAUCGAGUAACGGGCUAAGCAACAUUCCGGGUGGUAAACCAGCGUACUCGUUCCAUAUGAACGGCGAGGGUCAACUGCAGCCGGUGCCAUUCCCCACGGACGCUCUGAUAGGGCCGGGAAUUCCACGUCACGCGCGUCAGAUUAAUACCUUGACUCACGGCGAGGUUGUGUGCGCCGUUACCAUCUCGAAUCCGACCAAGUACGUCUACACGGGCGGCAAAGGGUGCGUUAAAGUCUGGGACAUCGGGCACGGAGGUGGUGGCAAUAUCAAGCACGUAUCGCAGUUGGAUUGCCUGCAACGCGACAACUAUAUUAGGUCGGUAAAAUUACUGCCAGACUGCAGAACCCUGAUAGUCGGAGGUGAGGCGAGUCAGCUGAUCAUCUGGGACUUGGCUAGUCCCACGCCGCGAAUCAAAACGGAACUGACGUCAGCGGCGCCGGCCUGUUACGCGCUGGCCAUCUCGCCGGAUUCGAAGGUCUGCUUCAGCUGCUGCAGCGAUGGUAACAUCGCCGUGUGGGAUCUGCAGAACGAGACGUUGAUUCGACAGUUCCAAGGCCACACGGAUGGUGCCUCCUGCAUCGAUAUCUCGGCGGACGGUUCGAAACUGUGGACCGGAGGAUUGGACAACACAGUGCGUUCGUGGGAUCUUAGGGAGGGCAGACAGUUGAAGCAGCACGAUUUCACCUCGCAGAUAUUCUCGUUGGGCUAUUGUCCAACCGGUGAGUGGCUUGCAGUUGGUAUGGAGAAUUCGAACGUCGAGGUGCUUCACGCCUCCAAGUCCGACAAGUAUCAACUGCAUCUUCACGAGUCGUGCGUGUUGUCGCUGCGAUUUGCCUCGUGCGGCAAAUGGUUCGUCUCCACCGGCAAGGACAAUCUGUUGAACGCAUGGCGUACUCCGUACGGCGCUUCGAUAUUCCAGUCGAAGGAGUCCUCGUCGGUGUUAAGCUGCGACAUCUCUGCCGACGACAAGUACAUCGUGACCGGAUCCGGUGACAAAAAGGCCACUGUAUACGAAGUGAUUUACUAGACGCGUACGGUAAAGACGUUUCACGUUUUCCUCCCUUGGUCGAAACCCGAACUCUUUAACAUGCUCUCCUGUUCGCGGGAGAGGUCCUACAAGUGAGACUUUUUAGCAGCCUUAGAAACCUAGACUGUUACUAUAAUGUGUAUAUAUACAUAACGAGUCUGUAUUAACGGUCGGAAUCGUGCUCGAAAGGAACAAAAGCACAGACGGACGAACGGAAGAGAAAAAGAAAGAGUGAAUGUGUGCGAGUGAGUGAAUGAGAGAGAGGAAGAAACAUAUAAAAAAGUAAAAAAAGAAAAACGAAGGAAAGAAGAGAAAGAAGAAAACUAACGCUAAUUAUGACGACGAUCGAGAAACAAAUGUGUGUGCCAGAGAAAAAGUUGUAUAUGUAUAUUUAGGAGUUUGCGUGUACGUGGCCCAACUGUACCUACGACCGUGUGAUUUAAACUAGUAGAGGAAACUUUCUUCGUCGCGUGUAUACAACGAGAACCUGUUAAUGGGACGUUACCAAGCGGUUUUGCAUGUGCGUUAAGUGACCAGACGAGAAUCUUGCAAAUGCUGAUGCUAGAUAUGAUUUCGUAUUAAGUACCUAAUUAAAGAAUCAACAUGCCCGGAAGGACAUCCAUCAUACGACAAACAAAACACACGGAGGGAACGAACACUCGAAGCCUGUCUAACGAAAAAUUAUUACUUAUUACCGCCUAUGAUCAUUUUCUUUUCUCGGAAACUUUUACAAUUUUUGCAAUCACUGUCUCUUUACCGUAUCUAUGACCACGAUCACAACUCGAGGAGCAUGAGUGUUGCAUGUAUACAUAACACGUGCACACAUACGCGGAGUCGUUUCGAGAGAAUCGCUGGUUGUAGCUACAUCACCUUCGAUAAUACGUUUCACUAUAGACCGGAAGCAAAGUGUAGCUUUCUUCUGUCGAUUAAUGUUUUAUGCUGAGAGUACUUGUUGAUAUUAGCAAAAAAAAAAAAAAAAAAAACGAGGCAAAUGAAGGAUAAACGUACAUCGAAAAUUUAUUUAACUUCGUGGUAAAUUGUUCGUUUCGUUCGAGUACUACACUCGCGAAAGGAUUCGAUCGUUCAAACGUUCGUGUAUCGUCGAGGCAACGACUGAAAAUAUCAUGAGAAAUUCGUUCGGAAAUAAUUGAUUAAGAAUGAUCGCGCUGUUUCUAUUUAAAGAAGGAAAGUAAACGCGAGACCUGUACUAUGGGAGCAGUGUUGUGUAUUGUCUACGUGAUCGGCCAUGACCAUUCAUUAAUUUUAAAUAUAUCGAUGAAAAGUAAUUGCCUUUUCUAUUCAAGAAAAUAUGCGUGAAUAAUUGUUCGAGUGUUUUUCAGCGUGUACUUUUGCAGCCGUGGGUAAGUAGUUGCCUGAUACUUUACAAUUUUCUGAAUCGAAAUCGAUGAAUCUAUGCAUAUUAAGCUCGAAUGGUUCGAAGGCAUAAAGGAUCAGUUAGAAAAGUUAACUUGGGUCACUUGUGCUGCAUAAAUCGGAAAAUAUUAGUAUUAAUUUUUGCUAUUGUCAAAACAAAGUAAUUAUUUUUCAAUCAAUAGUCAUUCAACUGUUUUUAUUAAUUUAAUAACCAUGGAUAAAAAUAAUUAUUUUCUUAACGAGGUAAAGAUGUUAAAUUAAUUUGUUACAAAGGAUAUUUGAAUGUUCUAAUUUAUACGCAUCUAUUGUAUAUUGCGCAGCACGUGAUCACGUGCAUUACAAGCUGCAACACAGUUUCAUACUACAUUUUUUUAUGCCCAAAAAUCAUUCGAUCGUAUCAUAAAUUAUUUUAUCAUACGUCUAUGUUCUAAAAUAUAUGAUCAAGGUUUAUUAUACGCUUGGAAUACACUUGAUGCUUGAAAAUUGUAUCGAUUGCACAAGUAGCAAUGGCAAGGUGCGCUAUGUUGCUCAAAUGUAUUGGCACAAUAUGUUCUCAGUCUUUCUUAAAAUUUUUCUCAAUCGUUUUUAGUCAUAUUUGCUUCAAAUCAUUGUUUCAGAAAAAUUUGCGAAAGGAAACAUCAUUAUAAAGAAUUUUUUCCAUUUUACGUAGCCAACUAUAAAAAAAAAAAAAAAAAAAAAAAAAAGAAAAAAAAAAACAGCGCCCUACUACGAGACAGGAGUAUAGCGUCUGUUAUAGUCAUUUCUAUUAUUGAUAAGCACACUAACGCGUAUCAAUCGAACUAUGACGUGAUUAUACGUAUGUGCAUAUGAAUAAUAAACAAGACUUUGUACAAAACUUCCGCGUAUUUCCAUGAAAAAAAUUCGAAUUAAUUAUUAAUCGAUUGUGUCAUGCGAUAGCUCAACGUUUAAGUAUAGAUACAGCUCUGUAAAGUACAAUCAUAUGCACAAACGAAACGAAACUAUUUCUGUAUCUGGACUAAAUAUCAGUUCUGUAAACGAAACUUGAACUAAAUCGAUCAAUUUUUAGGAAUGAGUAUUCAUAGUAGGCAACAGGUGUCAUCUGUCCCCAAUUGGUGGGAUCUUGUAAAAAUUAGCAUGCAAUAAGAUAAACGUAAUCGAAACAUUUGGAUCGUUCCUGUAAGUGUUAUAAUAAAUAACAAACAAUAAGAGGAAUAAAGGAUUAUAAGAAAUAUUAGAUGAAAGUAGUAUCGAUCCUUGAAAAAUAUAUGCUUGACUCACGGAUAAUUUUGAUGAAAUUGAAGUUGAAUUAAUUUACCCUUUAUAUGAACGAUUUAAAUGAGUCGAUUACGUGCCGGUAAAAAAAAUCUCUUGCCUAAAUGUUUAAUUAGCGGUUAAAAAAGAAAAAAAAAGAGACAGAGAGGUGACAGGUACAGCUAAAAAAAAAAAUGUACAGAUAAAUCUUAUGCGAUCAUGACCUUAUCGUGACGCGAGGCAAUAUGAUAUCGAGUACCAUUAAAAAAUAACGCCUAAAAAAAAGUUAUUGAUCUAUUUUCAAUUUCUUUUGGUUUGAAUUUUUCGCGUUAUGUACGAUUGAGAUAUAUAGGAGAACAAAUUUCUAUUGUGAAUUAUUUGAAACGAAAUUGUCGAUCAGUAGAAAGAUUCAUUUUUUUUUUCAGCUGUACGCUGAUGUUUAAAAAUGGCGCUUUCCGUGCAAUAAUGUUUUCAUUUCCGUUGCGCACGUGUGUACGUAAAAGAUAGAUACGUACGUACGAUAAAUAAUUAUGUCACUUCUAUCUUACCUGCGAUAUAGACGAUGAUAUAAAUGAUGAUUUUGUAAUCACGGUACACGUAAACACGCAUACACACAUAUGGAGGAGGAUAUCCAAAUGAGAAAUGUACACACAAUCCAAAUGGAACGUAUACAUGUAUAGCGGAAAGUACGUAUCAAGUAAAAAUGAUUCAUCGUAAAGAGUGUUUUCUGAAAAAAAAAAAAAAAAGAAAUAAAGAUCUAUUCCAUUUUUCCUUUCUAGCUGUAAUAACAUACGAGAAUUGAAUAUAACAUUGUAUCAUACCUUUA